CCACCCUGACUUGCAUGCGGAAGGUUACGUCUCUCACCGCGGCGUGACUCCACCGCACUAAGUGAAGUUAGUGAACUGCUGAGUUGGAAAGUCGAAGAAACUCUGCGCUGCCGCCGUUUUACGCCACAAAGUUGUAAGAUUUAAACGAUUUCAAAGUAACGGCGCAUGAUUCCCACGUUAAGGAAACGAUAGAGCAGCAAACCGCUGAACGUUUAUCACUUUUUAAAGUUUCUCUUGUGUGUGAGAGAGUUGUGAGAAGGGUUUUGGAGGACCAUCGUACCCCUGGAGACACCCAGCCGCGGCGACCCUAUGUGGAUUCUACUCCGAAAAUGGGCCAAAUCCCCGGUUUCUCUUCGGGCUCAGCGGUAGUUCUCGUCGUUUGCUGCCUUCGCUUGACUUUGGCUCUGCAGUGCUUGGACAAUGUGAAGCCCUGCAUUAACAACGCCACAUGCCUGACCUUCCCCGACGGCACCGGACACUGCAGGUGUGCCGCGGGUUACCUGGGGAACUACUGCCAGCACACGGACCCCUGCCGCCCGGACACCUGCCUCAACGGGGGCAACUGCAGCGCGCCGGCCUCCCCCGGGCUGCAGGUGCCGGGCGCGGCCGUCUGCACCUGCCCCCUGGGCUUCACGGGGCAACACUGCCAGAGGCCCGAGAACUCCACCUGCUUCCCCGACAACCCCUGCGGCCACGGCGGCCGCUGCACCCUGCUGGCCCUCAACAAGUUCAAGUGUAGCUGCGCCCCCGGAUGGACAGGUGCGCGGUGCGAGCGGGAGGACAGCUGUGUGUCCGGCCCGUGCUCCAACGGAGGGACGUGCAGCUCGCCGGCCGCGGGCCGCUUCGUCUGCUCCUGCCCGCCCGGAUACAGCGGGCCCACCUGCCUCAACGACACCGACGAGUGCGCCGCCGCGCCCGCCCCGUGCCACAACAAGGGGGUGUGUGUGAACACGCCAGGCUCCUACAGGUGUACCUGUACCCCUGGCUUCACGGGCGUCCACUGCGAGACCCCCUACAUCCCCUGCUCCCCGUCGCCCUGCCUGAACGGGGGCACCUGCCGGCAGACCUCCGAGAGCAGCUACGUGUGCCACUGCCUGCCAGGGUUCAACGGCACCAACUGUGAACACAACAUCAACGACUGUCCUGGCCAUCACUGCGCCAACGAAGGGAUCUGCAUGGACGGGGUGAACACGUACAACUGCCAGUGCCCCCCGGAGUGGACCGGCCAGCACUGCACGGAGGACGUGGACGAGUGCCGCCUGCAGCCCAACACCUGCCAGAACGGCGGCACCUGCAGCAACCUGAUCGGCAGCUACGUGUGCGUGUGCGUCAACGGCUGGAGCGGCAACGACUGCUCGGAGAACAUCGACGACUGCGCCACGGCGGCCUGCAGCCCCGGCUCCCGCUGUCAGGACCGCGUGGCCUCCUUCGUCUGCUCCUGCCUCUACGGCAAGACAGGGUUGCUGUGCCAUAUAGAUGACGCCUGCAUCAGUAACCCGUGCAGGGAGGGCUCCAAGUGCGACACCAACCCCAUCAACGGCAUGUUCAACUGCAACUGCCCCGCCGGAUACAUCGGCAGCACCUGCAACGUGGACCGGGACGAGUGCAGCAUAGGCACCAACCCCUGUGAGCACGGCGGUCUGUGUGUGAACACGGACGGCUCGUUCACCUGUCACUGUGUCCGCGGCUACGCCGGCCCGCGCUGCGAGCAGGACGUCAACGAGUGCGCCUCGCACCCCUGUCAGAACGAGGGCACCUGCCUGGACCGCAUCGGGGACUACACCUGCAUCUGCAUGCCCGGGUUCGAGGGCACGCACUGUGAGACGGAGGUGGACGAGUGCAUCAGCGGGCCCUGUCUCAACCAGGGCAAGUGUCUGGACCAGGUGGGGCGGUUCAUCUGCCAGUGUCCCGCAGGCUUCAGCGGCGACACCUGCCAGAUCGACAUCGACGAGUGCUCCAGCACCCCCUGCAUGAACGGGGCCAAGUGCAACGACCGGCCCAACGCCUUUGAGUGCGAGUGCGCCGAAGGCUUCAUGGGGACGCUGUGCGCGGAGAACGUCAACGACUGCAUGCCGGAGCCGUGCCACCACGGCGUGUGCACGGACGGCAUCGCCACCUUCUCGUGCGAGUGCAAACCGGGCUACGCGGGUUCCAUCUGCAACAUCCAGGUGCAGGAGUGCCACAGCAACCCCUGCCAGAACCGCGGCCGCUGCAUCGACCGGGUCAACGCAUACCAGUGUAACUGCCUCCCGGGCACCAACGGGGUGAACUGUGAGGUGAACGAGGACGACUGCGCCAGUAACCCCUGUCAGCACGGAGAGUGCCGGGACGGGAUCGACGAGUUCAAGUGUGAAUGCACCCCGGGAUACACAGGGAACAAGUGCGACGUGGAGAUCAACGAGUGUCUGUCGGACCCCUGUAUGAGCGGGGGGACGUGCCUGGACAAGGUGAACCGCUUCAGCUGCCUCUGCCCUCCCGGCACCCACGGGCCGAUGUGCCACUCGGGGACGGACCACUGCGGUCUGCAGCCGUGCGUGCACGGGGAGUGUGUGGAGCAGCAGUAUGGGUACCACUGCAGCUGUGUUCCGGGCUGGGAGGGGCAGCACUGCGAUCACGAGCGGGACGAGUGCCAGUCGGGCCCCUGCCAGCACGCCGGGACCUGCGUGGACCGGCACAACGGCUACACCUGCCUCUGCCGCCCCGGCUACGCAGGGGUGAACUGUGAGAGGAACGUCGAUGAGUGUGCCUCCGGACCCUGUCAGAACCAGGCCACCUGCAUCGACGGAGUCAACAGCUACACCUGCCAGUGCAGUCCUCAAUAUUCAGGUAAAACGUGUGAGAGAGAGCUGGUCCCCUGUGCCUCCAACCCCUGUGAGAGAGGCGGGGUCUGUCACCCCACCUCGGACUACACCUCCUACACCUGCAGAUGUCCCAGCGGCUGGCAAGGGACCCGCUGCAGCGAGGACGUGGACGAGUGCCGGAACGGCCCGUGCAGGAACCGGGCGCGCUGCGUCAACAGCCAGGGCAGCUACGUGUGCGAGUGCCCGCCGGGCUUCAGCGGACACAACUGUCAGAGCAACGUCGACGACUGCUCCCCGAACCCCUGUCUGAACGGCGGCUCCUGCAACGACGGCGUGACAGACUUCUCGUGCUCGUGCCGCCCGGGCUUCGAGGGAAAGCGCUGCGCGUCGGAGGUGGACGAGUGCUCCAGCCAGCCCUGCCAGAACGGCGCCCGCUGCCGCGACUACGUCAACAGCUUCGUGUGCGAGUGCCGGCCGGGAUACAACGGCAUCUUCUGCGAGAACAGCAUCCGGCAGUGCACUGAGAGCUCCUGCCUGAACAACGCCACGUGCGUGGACGAGAUCACGGCCUUCUUGUGCCGCUGCCGCUCCGGGUUCUACGGGGUGUACUGCGAGUACGAGCACAACGAGUGCCACUCCCAGCCCUGCCAGCACGGAGGGACGUGCACGGACGGCCUGGGCACCUACCGCUGCACCUGCCCCACGGGCUACAACGGGCAGAACUGCCAGUACUUCGUGGACCUGUGCAGCCAGGUGCGCUGCCGGAACGGGGGCUCCUGCUCCCAGACGGAGCGCUCCUGGUCCUGCCACUGCCCCAUGGGCUGGGCAGGCCUCUACUGCGACGUGCCCAACAUGUCCUGCCAGGACUUCGCCGCCGCCAAAGGGCUGGAGGUGGAUCACGUGUGUAAGAACGCGGGCCGCUGCGAGAACCUGGGCCACUUCCACCAAUGCCACUGCCAGCCGGGGUACAAGGGCAGCUACUGCGAGGAGAUGGUGGACGAGUGCCAGCCCAACCCCUGCCGCAACGGGGCCACCUGCAAGGACUACCAGGGCACCUACACCUGCAUGUGUCAGCCCGGCUAUCAGGGCGUGAACUGCCAGUACGACGUGGACGAGUGCAAGUCCAACCCCUGUCGCCACGGAGGGACGUGCAUCAACCUGGUCAACCGCUUCUUCUGCGCCUGCCCACCCGGAACCAAAGGCCUCCAGUGUGAAACCAAGGAAAACGAGUGCGCCCCCAAGCACGACUCGGCCCCCCCCCGCUGCCUGAACGGGGGCCAGUGUGUCGACGGCGUGAGCCACUACUCGUGCAACUGCCUGCCGGGCUUCGCCGGGCAACACUGCGAGGGCGAUGUCAACGAGUGCCUCUCCCGGCCGUGCCAUUCCCCCGGCACGCUAGACUGCGUGCAGCUGACCAAUGACUACAAGUGCAGCUGUCGCCUAGGUUACACAGGCCGGCACUGUGAGUCCAUGGUGGACCUGUGUCACUCCAAGCCCUGCCACCACAGUGGCUCCUGCUCCAUGAACAUGAGCUCCAUCCAUGGCUACUCCUGUUCCUGCCCCCCAGGCUACACCGGGCCCAACUGCGGCGAGAUGGAGACCGGCUACACCUGCGCCCGGCUGCACUGCCAGAACGGCGGCCACUGCGAGUCCCUGGGCGGGAACAUCCGCUGCAUGUGUCCGGCCGGCUUCGCGGGGCAGCACUGCGAGGUGGCCAUGUGCCACAGCCGCCCGUGCCGGAACGGCGCCACCUGCGUGGGCGACGCGUCCGCCAUGCUCGGCUACCGCUGCCUCUGCCCGGGCCGCUUCGCGGGCUACCACUGCGACCAGGACGCCGCCGGCGGCGCCGCCCCGGAGCCCGUCUCGGCGUGCCCGUACCCGCAGUGCGAGCAGCAGGCGGGCGACCGCGUGUGCGACCCGCAGUGCAACAACCACAUGUGCCAGUGGGACGGCGGGGACUGCUCGCUGCACUGGGAGCGCCCGUGGAGCAACUGCACGGCCAGCGUGCCGUGCUGGGAGCUGUUCCGGAACAAGCGCUGCGACAAGGAGUGCGACAACUCGGGCUGCCUCUUCGACAGCUUCGAGUGCCAGGAGUCGCCGCAGUGCAAGUACGACCGCUACUGCGCCGACCACUACGGCGACGGCGUGUGCGACCGCAGCUGCAACAAGGAGGCGUGUGGCUGGGACGGCCUGGACUGCUCGGCGGACAAGCCGCCCAAGGUGGCGGACGGGACGCUGGUGAUCGUGGUGCUGCUGCAGCCCGACGAGCUGCUGAAGGACAUGCUGGGCUUCCUCCGCUCGCUGGGCACCCUGCUGCACACCAACCUGCGCGUGCGGCGGGACAAGGACCAGAACCCCAUGGUGUUCCCCUACUACGGCCCCGAGGUGGGCCAGGAGGCGGGCCAGGAGGCGCGGCGGAGUCACGCCGGCCGCGCCAAGAGGGAGCUGGACCAGGAGGUCAUCGGCUCCAAGGUCUUCCUGGAGAUCGAUAACCGCGAGUGCGCCCAGAGCGAGGCCGACUGCUUCCUCCAGACGGAGCAGGCUGCCUCCUUCAUCGCCGCCGAGCACCUGAGGGCGGAGCUUCCCUACCCCCUGGUGUCCGUCACCACCGAACGGGAGGAAGUCUCCUCCAGCCACCUCCUGUUCUACAUGGGCGGCGUGUGUGCGCUGAUCGCCCUGUUGGUCCUCAUGCUGGGGAUGCUGGCGGCCAAGAGGAAGAGCAAACAUGGCGUCCUCUGGCUCCCCGAGGGCUUCAUGGCCAAGAAGGACGACAAGCGGAGGGAGCCCGUCGGACAGGACGACUUCGGCAUGAAGAACUUUAUCCCCCACGACGGACCCAUGAUGGAUGGAGGCCAGGGACAGAGGUGGCUCGAAGACGUUCCUCCCAAGAGGCAACGGACUGAGGACAAGCCCCUCCUCCCGCUGCCGAUGGACAGCGGGGUGGACCGGCGGGAGUGGACCCUGCAGCACCACAAGGCGGCCGACAUCACCCUCACCCCCCCGCAGGCCGACCUGGACGCAGACUGCCUGGACGUCAACGUCAAAGGGCCAGACGGCUACACCCCCCUGAUGCUGGCCUCGCUGCGCACGGCGGGGGGUCUGGACUGCGGCCUCCACGCGGAGGAGGAGGAGGAGGAGAGCGGGGGGGAGGAGCCGGGCCCCAGCGUGAUCUCUGACCUCAUCGGGCAGGGCGCCACUCUGCUGGCGCAGACGGACCGCACCGGGGAGACGGCGCUGCACCUGGCCGCGCGCUACGCCCGCGCCGACGCCGCCAAGCGGCUGCUGGACGCCGGCGCCGACGCCAACGCCCACGACAACAUGGGCCGCACGCCGCUGCACGCCGCCGUGGCCGCCGACGCCCAGGGCGUGUUCCAGAUCCUGAUCCGUAACCGCGCCACCGAGCUCAACGCCCGCAUGAACGACGGGACCACGCCCCUCACCCUGGCCGCCCGGCUGGCCGUGGAGGGCAUGGUGGAGGAGCUGGUGCACUGCCACGCCGACAUCAACGCCGUCGACGACCACGGCAAGUCUGCUCUGCACUGGGCGGCAGCGGUGAACAACGUGGAGGCCACCCUGGCGCUGCUGAAGAACGGAGCCAACCGGGACAUGCAGGACAACAAGGAGGAGACCCCCCUGUUCCUGGCGGCCCGCGAGGGGAGCUUCGAGGCGGCGCAGGUCCUCCUGGACCACUACUCCAACCGGGACAUCACGGACCACCUGGACCGCCUGCCCCGCGACACGGCCCAGGAGCGCAUGCACCACGACAUCGUGCGGCUGCUGGACCAGUACAACCUGGUGCACAGCCCCCACAACGGGCCCCCCCACCUGGGCGGAGGCGGGGGCCACCCCUCCCUGGUGUGCGGGGCCAACGGCAACGCCUUCAUCGGCAUGCGGCCGGGGCCCCAGGGCAAGAAGAGCCGGAGGAGCGCCGGCGGCGCCAAGGUGGGCGGCGUGGGCCCCGGGGCCAAGGAGCUGAAGGACCCCAAGGCCAAGCGGAGGAAGAAGCCCACCGGCGGGGAGGGGCCCGGCGUGGGCGUGGGCGGGGCCGCGGGGGCCAUGAACGGCGGGGGGCCGGCGGGGGCCACCGCCAACGCCCCCAAGGCGGCGGGCGGUCUCCCGGAGGCCUCCGUCACCAUGUCCCCCGUGGACUCCCUGGAGUCUCCGCACUCCUACACCGGGGACCCCCCGGGGGCCGUGGCCCCCGCGGCCACCCCGCCCUCCCUGCUGACCGGCCCGGGCGCCCCCCGCCCCCUGCUGCCCCCCGUCAGCCACAUGCUGGGGCAGCAGCAGGCCUGGGUGCGCAUGCCCAAGCAGAGCUACGGCGGCCACCUCUUCGGCCUGGUCCCCCACCCCAUGACGGGGGCCCACCCGGGCAUGGGCCAGCACCGCGGCCCUGGCACCAUGGGCGGCCCCAUGAACGUGACCAUGAGCCGGGAGCAGCUGCCCCCCAUCGUCACCUUCCAGAUGAUGCCGGCGGGGCCCGGAGGGGGCCAGGCGGGCGGGCUGAAGGGCCCCCAGGGCGGCCCGGUGCAGCAGGCCCAGGGCGGGACGCAGGGCCAGGGCCACCUGGGCCGGCCGCCGCACCAGGGCAUGAUGUACCAGCUCCCGGAGCAGGUGGCGCUGGGCCACGGCAUGGGCCACGCCCUACAGCGGCCACACAGCCACGCCCUGGGCCACGGCCCCCACGGCAUGGCGGAGAGCCAGCCGCGCCCGCUGCCGCCCUACCAGGCCCGGCACAGCCCGGUGGAUAAGUACCCCACGCCGCCCUCCCAGCACGGCUACUCCACCGCCGGCUCCGACGGGACCACCCCGGGCCACCCGGCCCACCCGCCCAGCGAGCAUCCGUACCUCACCCCGUCGCCCGAGUCCCCCGACCCCUGGUCCUCGUCCUCGCCCCACUCCAACUCAGACUGGUCCGACGUCACCACCAGCCCCACCCCGCUGGGGAACCCCCGCCACGCGCUCCCCUCCUCCCGCCACACACACAUUCCCGAGCAGGGCCAGCUGCUGCUGCAGCCGCCGGCCGCGCCCCCCGCCUCGCAGCCGGCGCAGAGGGGGGGCAUGCAGGUGUUCGCCUAGGGUC